UGCGGGUCUCGUUGCCUUUCUCGUACCCAUCAACGUCAUCAUCACGGGAAUCUCCUCUGCGCUGCUGUUCGUCUUCGUCUCGAUCUACGGAACGUUCACUGCACACCCGCUGUUUUUCCUCGACAGUCCGUACCAAACACCACUCACUCGGAGCCUAUGGUCGCUAAAUCAGAGCUUGGGAAGCACACUGAGUGCUUGUAUUCGGAGGGCAGUGGCUGUUUGGAAGAGAGUCGGUCUGGCCGACCCCGAGAAAGCCACGGAAUCUGCUGUGACGAGCCCUGGCGUCUCUGGCGAGGCUUCCCCCCGUGCAGACACGCAUCCGCAGUCCCAGAGCAUGAUUGU